UGGAGCCCUCAGAGCCAUGUACUAAUGAUUCAGCCCCUAAGCUAUGUAUCAUAUGGAACUCUCUCACUGGACUGAGGCAAUUGUUGUGCUUGUUGGCAGCCAUGUAACAUACCCCCGGGAGGCCUGUGUUUGUGUGAGAAUGUGUAUGUGCGUCUUUUUGUGAAGGGGAGAGAGAGGGAGUGUGUGUUUAUGAAUGCGUGCUGUGUGUCUCCUCUCCUGUUCCACUGCUCCUCAACCCCUGUAGCUGAAGAAGGUCUGUAUCCCUCUGCUGCCACAGAUUGCCUAAUUAGAUUAAGCAAGAGGCUUUCCUGAGAUAAUCAGUUAGCGAGCGUUUUCCUCUAAUGAAGCCUGCACCGCACUGUGCGCAGGCCGUGCGCUGAAGGUCAAAUCUUUUUCUACAGGGAAGAACUUUGUUCACAACCCUAUAAACAGAACAUCUCGGGGCUCCCUCUGUUCCAGUGCCCGAGGGGGACGACAGGGUCUUUGGAUUAUUUUGUGAUUCCUAAGGGGGAUGCCAGGCUUUUCUGGAGUAACCGGAGGGUUACUGCUGCUGUCCCUGUGGAUUAAACGUGCGUAGCUACCAGUGUUUGCCUCCUGUUGCGGUGAGAUAGGCAAUGAGGAUAUUUGUAUAUUGUCCUUUUUAGGGUGAACCUUCUAGGUCUUCAAUUAAGCUCCUGUCUCAAGAUGGCCAAGUAAAGACUUGAAGAUCUAAAAGAAAUGGAUGCCUAUUUGCUCAAGUUCCUGGCGUCUCUCUGUAUAUGCCCCUGAGGAGCUGCAGAGGUUUAUGGGAAAUCAGGGACACUGCCACUGAGGAUUUUGUUGGCCUUAGGGGAGGCCUCUUUUCCACCGCUGUGUGGUGUGCCACAGUGAGACCAUGGCCAAAAACUCACAUCGGGGGUCAAAGCACGCCAAGGCGGCAGAGGCCAAUCAUGACACUGACUUUAGCUGCUCGCUCACAGAGCUGCGCUCUCUCAUGGAACUCAGAGGGCCAGAGGGGUUACAAAGGAUCCAGGAGACGUAUGGAGAUGUUCCCGGACUCUGCACCAGAUUGAAAACCUCCCCUGUUGAUGGGUUAACUGGAAACUCAGAGGAUAUCAAUACAAGAAUAGAGGAAUUUGGGAAGAACGUCAUACCUCCAAAAAAGCCAAAAACCUUUCUGCAGUUAGUAUGGGAAGCAUUGCAAGAUGUGACUCUAAUUAUUUUAGAAGUGGCAGCCAUAAUUUCACUAUGCCUUUCUUUCUAUCGACCUCCUGGCGCAGAAAGAGAAAAUUGUGGGAGGGCGGCUGGAGGGGUUGAGGACGAGGGUGAAGCAGACGCAGGCUGGAUCGAGGGUGCUGCCAUCCUCCUGUCCGUCUGUGUGGUGGUGCUGGUGACUGCCUUCAACGACUGGAGCAAAGAGAAGCAGUUCCGUGGCCUCCAGAACCGCAUUGAACAGGAGCAGAGGUUCACUGUGGUCCGUGGAGGCCAGGUCAUCCAGAUCCUUGUGUCUGACAUUGUGGUUGGCGAUGUAGCACAAGUCAAAUAUGGUGACCUCCUUCCUGCGGAUGGCGUGUUAAUCCAGGGCAAUGAUCUGAAAAUUGAUGAAAGCUCCCUUACCGGAGAAUCAGACCAUGUGAAGAAGACACUAGAUAAAGACCCCAUGAUGCUGUCAGGCACCCAUGUCAUGGAGGGCUCAGGAAAAAUGCUUGUGACAGCUGUGGGUGUCAACUCCCAAACAGGCAUCAUUUUCACUUUGCUUGGGGCAGAAGAUGACGAUGACGAUGAUGACAGUGAGGAGAAGGAGAGGAAAAAGAAAGAGAAAGAGGAGAAAAAGAAAGAAAAGGAGAGGAAGAUGAAAGAGAAGAGGGAUAAGAAAAGUAAGGAUGGUGUUGAGAUGCAGCCUCUCAACAAUGAAGAUGGAACAGAAGGAGAGGAGAAAAAGAAAACCAACCUAUCAAAGAAGGAAAAAUCUGUGCUACAAGGGAAACUAACCAAAUUAGCUGUCCAAAUCGGCAAAGCAGGCCUUUUGAUGUCAGGCGUCACCGUCAUAAUCCUCAUCACGCUGUUCAUGGUGGACACGUUCUGGAUCCAGGGCCUGCCUUGGAUCAAAGAGUGCACUCCCGUCUACAUUCAGUUCUGUGUCAAGUUCUUCAUCAUCGGCGUCACCGUGCUCGUGGUUGCCGUGCCUGAGGGACUUCCGCUCGCUGUCACCAUCUCACUGGCCUAUUCUGUCAAAAAAAUGAUGAAGGAUAACAAUCUUGUGAGACAUUUGGAUGCCUGUGAAACUAUGGGCAAUGCUACGGCUAUAUGCUCGGACAAGACCGGAACAUUGACCAUGAAUCGGAUGACUGUGGUGCAGAUUGAUAUUGCAGGCAGGCAUUACAAAAAGGUGCCUGAGCCAGAUCUUAUUCCUGGCUCAAUCAUGGACCUACUCAUCACUGGCAUCGGCAUAAACUGUGCAUAUACCACCAAAAUUAUGUCUCCAGAGAAAGAUGGCGGAUUACCGCGUCAAGUGGGGAACAAGACAGAAUGUGCCUUGCUGGGGCUCGUCAUGGACUUGCGACGAGACUACCAACCCAUCCGUAACGAGUAUCCCGAGGAAAAGCUGUACAAAGUCUACACCUUCAACUCCGUCCGGAAGUCCAUGAGCACCGUUAUUAAGAGAUAUGAUGGCGGGUACCGCAUGUACAGCAAGGGAGCGUCGGAAAUCCUUCUGAAAAAGUGCUGCAGAGUCCUGACAGACGCAGGUGAGCCCAAGACGUUCAAGCCCAGGGACAGAGAUGACAUGGUGAAGUCAGUAAUUGAGCCCAUGGCUUCGGAAGGCCUGCGGACCAUCUGUCUGGCUUACAGGGACUUCGCUGCCUCUGAGGGAGAACCCGACUGGGACAAUGAGACAGACAUCCUCACAGCCCUCACCUGCAUCUGUGUGGUGGGCAUUGAGGACCCCGUGAGACCAGAGGUCCCUGAUGCCAUUAAGAGGUGUCAGCGUGCAGGUAUCACCGUGCGCAUGGUGACAGGGGACAACAUCAACACAGCACGAGCCAUUGCCACCAAGUGUGGCAUCCUUAAUCCAGGCGACGACUUCCUGUGCAUUGAGGGCAAAGAGUUUAACAGGCGGAUACGGAAUGAACUGGGGGAGAUUGAGCAGGAGCGCCUUGAUAAAGUAUGGCCGAAACUACGGGUAUUGGCUAGAUCCUCACCAACAGAUAAACAUACUCUGGUUAAGGGUAUAAUUGAUAGCACAGUUUUAGAGCAAAGGCAAGUUGUGGCUGUAACAGGAGAUGGAACCAAUGAUGGGCCUGCACUGAAGAAAGCUGAUGUUGGAUUUGCAAUGGGUAUUGCUGGGACAGAUGUGGCCAAAGAGGCCUCGGACAUCAUCUUGACAGAUGACAACUUCUCCAGUAUUGUCAAGGCUGUGAUGUGGGGGAGGAACGUCUAUGACAGCAUCUCCAAAUUCCUGCAGUUCCAGCUGACAGUCAACGUGGUGGCCGUAAUAGUAGCCUUCACAGGAGCCUGCAUCACACAAGAUUCUCCACUGAAAGCAGUGCAGAUGCUGUGGGUCAACCUCAUCAUGGACACCUUCGCUUCUCUGGCUUUGGCCACGGAACCACCCACGGAAUCCCUGCUCCUGCGGAAGCCCUACGGCCGGAACAAGCCCCUCAUCUCCCGCACCAUGAUGAAGAACAUCCUGGGCCAUGCUGUUUACCAGCUCACCAUCAUCUUCACCCUGCUGUUUGCUGGUGAGAAGAUCUUUAACAUUGACAGCGGCCGGAACGCUCCUCUGCACGCUCCCCCCUCAGAACACUACACCAUCGUCUUCAACACCUUCGUCAUGAUGCAGCUCUUUAAUGAGAUAAAUGCCCGCAAGAUCCAUGGUGAACGCAAUGUCUUUGAAGGAAUUUUCAACAACUACAUCUUUUGUUCAAUUGUCUUUGGCACCUUUAUCAUCCAGAUUGUGAUUGUGCAGUUUGGGGGGAAACCUUUCAGCUGUGUGAGUCUGAGCAUGGACCAGUGGCUAUGGUGUGUCUUCCUAGGCUUUGGUUGCCUCCUCUGGGGUCAGGUCGUUACCACAAUUCCCACGAGUCGGUUGAAGUUUCUCAAGACGGCUGGCCAUGGUACACAGAAGGACGAUAUUCCUGAGGAGGAGAUGGAAGAGUUUGACGACCUGGAUGAGAUUGACCAUGCUGAGAUGGAAAUGCGACAUGGUCAAGUGUUGUGGUGCAGAGGCCUGAACAGGAUCCAGACACAGAUCCGUGUGGUCAAUGCAUUCCGUUCGGAAAAUAUGUCUCCUUAUGAGGGUCUGGAGACCCCUGAAUCCCGGAACUCCAUCCACAACUUCAUGAACCACCCCGACUUCCGCAUCGGGGACUCAGAGCCUCAGAUCCCGCUGAUCGACGACAUCAACCUCGAGGAGGACACCGCCCCAACCAAGCGCAACACUGUGCCUCCCCUGCCUAAGCUCCCCACCUCGCCCAAUCAGAACAAUAACGCCACAGAGCGGUUACCGCACCUCAUCCCCCAGACACCUGGCAGCCCCUUGCACAGCCUCGAGACUUCACUCUGAGCCAGGAAGAGACCCACACAGAAAGCCUCUCCCCAAACCCCCCUGCAUUCCAGAAGAGGACAUCAUGGGAACAUUCUAGAGGCUAUGUUUGAUUUCUGCACCAAGCACAUAGUUUACACUGAACCCUCUUUCUGUGUUUGUAUCAACAGUCGUGAUAAUUGUUUUUUCACAGUUUUCCUUCACAAUGCUUUCCAUUGAUCUCACAAAUACCCCAGGAUUAUUAAUGUUUAGAAAAGUCUAUUGUCCUCUCAGUUUGGAUUUCAGUGGACUGAGUCAGACUUUGAGGGAAAGUGUGAAAAAGUGUAUUCAAUAUCAGAUUUUUAUACAGUACAUGCAGCAUAUAGUGAACAAAGGUUUACCAAAUAUGCUUGAAAAAAACACAUGUAAUAGAAAAACAAAACAGUGUGCUAACAAAAGUCAGAGUGAUUUACAGAAUUGAACACAUUCCAUGAAAAUGAUAAAUUGUUGAGUGCAGAAAAAUCAUGCCCUUUGUAUAGUUCUUAAAAUGGGGUUUGAUUUUCUUUUGACUGUUCAUUGUUCAUCAUAUUACAAGUUUGUUUACAAGAAUAUAGAUAUUUUUUCAUUUUUGGUGUAACAUGAUGUACAAAUAUGGUGUAAAGUGAAAAUUAGGUCAGUAUUUUAGAAAGGGAUGUAUUUUAGGGAAAACGAUAUCUGCACUACUUACUGCCUAUAAGAUGUAUUUGAUAUUUAUUUUAUAGAUUUAUACAGUAGUACCAGUACAGUAGUGGUGACCAGUAAUGGUGUGGUCUGUUCAAAUAUAGCUGGAAAAAGUGUUAGUGCCCUUUCUCUAAACAACAAGUUUAUUUUAGUAGACAACUUCAUAAAGUGAAGGAAUUGCUUAAUUGAGUCAAAUUAAACAUCCUGAGAAAAACGACCAAUUCAAAGCUCUGCGUUAUGAUUUAAAUAGCAAAAUAAUAGCAAAAAAACUCAGAAAUCCGUGAAAACUGGGAGAGAGGAGCAAUAUUUGACAUAAGUAAUGAGUUUACAUUACAACAUAAGUAAUGUUUCUUUCAUGACCCUCAAACUAGUGAGUUGAUUAAAUCUGGUUUAUUCUUGUAUAAAAGACAAAAUUACUAUGCUUCUGUACUCCGCUAACUUUAGAAAUACAAACACGGCUCAAAUACAUGAUCAGCCGAUUCAGCACAGGGUAUUUGACACCUUUUGGAUGGCCUCUACACAGACAAAUGUGUAAAAUGCUUUGUAUUUUUUAAGAAACACCAACAAUAUUCAUCUUUCUAUUCGUAAGCAGGGCAAGUCUCUGUGAGACAGUUGUGCAUCACAGCUCUCAGCAUCGAAACAUUAGUUCAAUUGUAUCCAGGCUAAAUUUCAGAGGGCUUUUUGUGCAAGCCUGAUGUACAACAAAAUGGUAAUUUUGUGUGAUAUAUUCUUGAGGGGAAAGGUCUCAGAAGGUACAAAAAGACAGGGAAUGACAACAUCCAUUGGUCAUUUUUUGUUUCGUUCUCUGUAGUUUCAUUUCUGUUCAAGAAAUGACUGUUUAUCCAUCUGUUCAUGGAUUCAUAUUUUUUAUCUUAAUAUUUGGUAAGGAAGUAGGCCUAAUUCAUGUCUGUUUCUUGAGCAAUGGAAAUGGUUUUGUGAUUCAAUUUACAGUUGGAAGUUGUUCAGUUAUGUGUAUGUUUGUUUUUUGGAAAUAAAAGAUUAAUAUUUAGCUCA